AGGCAACCAGCAUCCACAAAGUGGUACGAUAGGAGGGAUUAUGUUUUUAUGGAGUUCUGUGUUGAGGACAGCAAAGAAGUAAAAGUAGUCUUUGGGAAGAAUAAAAUAACUUUCAGCUGUCUGGGUGGAGCUGAUAAUGGUAAACAUUUAAAUGAAGUUGAACUUUAUCAGUCUAUUGACCCAAACGAGUCCAAACAUAAAAGAACAGACAGAUCUGUCCUGUGUUGUUUACGAAAAGGAGAAUCUGGCCAGUCAUGGCCUAGGUUGACAAAGGAGAAAGCAAAGCUUAAUUGGCUUUGUGUGGAUUUUAACAACUGGAAAGAUUGGGAAGAUGAUUCUGAUGAAGAUAUGUCAAAUUUUGACCGCUUUUCAGAGAUGAUGAACAACAUGGGAGGAGAUGAAGAUGUAGACUUACCAGAAGUAGAUGGUGCAGAUGAUGUACGUUUAUAA